ACGUCCCAGCCGGCCAGCGGAAAUCAAAUGACCAACACCGUCGCCUAAGUUGAACUGUGCCCCAUCGGAGCUCAAUCGGCGGCGGCAUUUCUCGUUUUCUCACCCACUGGAUCUAAGCAAAUUAAGUCCGUCCAGUGCUUCAAAAUCUCGCAAUCCAGACCCCAAAAUCCCUAUUCAAGAUGAACUGAAGCAGAUCUCAUCCACGGUCCCAGAACCAGGACAACCCUCGAAAUCAACAAAUCGCCGCUCGAGAAGGCCCGGAGAAGAAACCCCCGACGAGGAAUUAUCAGGUGAGGCUCUUUAUCUACUUCCCGCUUCUUUUGACAUGGCGGCUCCACCGCCGAUGGGCGCGAACAUGAUUGAUGCCUCGGUGGCUUCGCCAUCCAACCCUGCCAAGCGCUUCCCCAAGCGGAAGAAGGGUCAUAACGCAAAGAGGCUACAGGCUAUAGAAAAGAAAUUAGUUGCCCUUAACAGGAGUUUGAACCCCAUCCCCUUUAAGCCCACCAUGUUUUUUAAUUUUAACAAACACGAGAAGCUGUUGAAGCAUCUGGGAUUGUGGGACUUUGUCCACAUUGAGUUCGAUCAGAAUAUUCGGGCCGAUUUGAUUGUGCAGUUGGUUGCUUGGUAUGAUCCUAGACUUAGGUGUAGCUAUGUGAAUGGAUGUAGGAUCGGUGUGAAUAGAGCCGAUUUAGGACGGGCUCUCAAGUUGCAUGUGAAGAAGGAGAAGGGUAAUGACUUGGACGGGGAGCCCUUCUCCGAUGAAUCCAUUGAAUUCAUUGAGAAUUUUGUGUUGAAUUGGGUGUUAUUGCACGAGGACUCAUGGAUAAUGCCGGAUGAGGUGGUGAGAUGCAUGAGACUCAUCAAGAACAAGCACCCAGAGAAGGUGGACUGGCCUGGGUUGUUCUGGUUCAUGGUGGAGAAAGAGUUGUGGUGUUGGGAGAAGUUGGAGGACUGUUACUAUGCUUCGCAUUUGCAGUGUUUAAUCAGGUCACAAUGUGAAGCUCUGUUGUUAGUCGAGAAGCCCGAUAUGGCUCAAAACAAAGAGGGGUUUUUAAAUGAGGCUGAGAAGGCACAACCCGUUAGGGAAUUGUUGAGCGAGGAACCUCAGAAGGCACCACUCCUUAAAGACAAUGUCUUUGGUAAUGAACCUGAAAAGUUGCAAAGCAAAGAUGGGAUGCUUACAGAUGAGGACAACAAUGUGGGAGGAGACAACAAGCAAGACGAAGAGGAACAUGAUGUGAAAGAGGGUCAAGAAGAAGGGGUUGUUAUGUUGAAAGAGCCAAAUCUUGAACUCACACUAGGCCCGGCUAUGGAAGAUGUGGAGGUGAUAGCUUCUGAGGAGCACGUAGAAGAAGUAGAAGAACAUAGGUUUUUUGGGAAGCAUUACAGCAAGAAAGUUGACAAUGAAAAGGAGAUAAAGGAAAAAGAGAAAGAAUGGGUUGAUGAUGCUUUUGCUUUUAUGCACAAUGUUGAGAUUGUUGUUGGGGAGAUACAUCAAGCUACAAAUAUUCCAUUUCCUUUGGGGCCAAUCGAGGUAUAUUUGCAGUUUAUGAAUUAUGUGAAGGCCUUGAAAGCCAAGUUUAAGGUUCCGGAGAGGGUUCUCAAAAGGAAGUCCUCCAAGGGUGAAGGCCAAGAGAAGCGCCGGAAGAAGGCUCCCUUACCCCUGGCUUCCCCCAUCAAAACAUCUUCUCACCCUCCACCACCCAAGAAGAAUGCACCUCCUUCUCCAUCACCUAAUCAGGAUAGGGAGGUUCUUCUUUUUAAAAUGGCCAACAGGUCCACCAACCAGAACCAGUGGGAGUGCCAUAAGCGCACUGUGGAAGAUCUCCCUGGGUGUUUGGAGGGAAGGUUCACAGAGAAGACAGCAGAGGGUACCCCACAACAGUCCCCGGCAAAGGAAGGAGAUGAGAUGGCAAACCGGGAACACAUUUUCAAUUCUCUUCACAGCUAUGAGCCAACACGGGCAGUCCUCAACAACAGAGCAAAUGAGGUGGGGGAGGUGGAGAUCAAAACCCUUGACCACAAACUCAGGGAGGUUGAAAUCGUCCUGCACCCAGAGAGGUCUGAGUCUGAGGAGUGGGCCAUCUUUGAAAGAGAGCAGCGGAUCAAGUCACUCCAGGCGCAGCUUGAAGAAGCCAAGCAUGCCGCCAAGGCCGCGGAGGACAGUGCAGCCCAAGUUACCCAAGCUGCAGAGACUGCGUCCUUGAUUGCAGAGGGGAAGCUGAUCAUAGCGGCGAACAACGCCCGGCGUGCAGAGGACAGGGCUCAAGCCGCGGAGGCCAGGGCACAGAAGGCUGAAGAGACCUCCCAGCGCAUGGUUGAACACCUGCACAAGGUGCUCAAGGAUCUAGAGGCCCGGCUCCUUGCAGGCCGGUGCUGCAAAUGCACGGGAAGCUGCAGCGCUUCAGAGGUACGCAGGCCCUCCUUAUAAUAGGAAGAUAGAGAAAAUGCACGGCCAAACAGCUCGAGAAUCCAAAUUUCCAAUCCUUCAUGAAAGCAAACGACCAAAGGUCUUUGUUCGGGGAGUUGUAGACCCAAUCAUCGAAUUCCGCGCAAGAAGCGCGAAGAAGUCAAUUUAGAGAAGAUCUCAAUGGUUGUUGUUUCUCUUAAAAACUAUUUGAGAGCCCCAAAGGAGUAUGCAUGUCCCCUCUCAACCUCACCCUAUUAUCUUCCGCGCAAGAAGCGCGAAGAAGUCAAUUUAGAGAAGAUCUCAAUGGUUGUUUCUCUUAAAAACUAUUUGAGUUAACUUUGACAAACUUAAUUUUGUGGUUAUUUAUAAACAUCAAAUCUUACUCAAAGUCGUGGCUAAUGAUAUACAGGAAUUCGAUGAUUGGGUCUACAACUCCCGGAACAAAGACCUUUGGUCGUUUGCUUUCAUGAAGGAUUGGAAAUUUGGAUUCUCGAGCUGUUUGGACCGUGCAUUUUCUCUAUCUUCCUAUUAUAAGGAGGGCCUACGUGCCAUUUCUGGGCAUGUU